AUGGCUAAUGGUAGUUAUGUUCGCUACACACCCUGUCACUGCCCGGAGGGAGAUCACCUUCGGCAGCAAUCCGAUGGGUUGUCCAGCAAACAGAAGCGCUACAAAUCCACUCGAAGGAUCGACUACUUGGCUCGUCCACGAUAUGUUCACGCUAAGUUUUCUCGCCACGCGGUGGUUCCUCGCAGGCAAGAGACCGAAAUUGUGCGCUCGUAUAAAGAACCGUAUGCAUCGCGACGCAUCCAGCAAUUGGCUUUACCACGGGUCCGGAAUCUAUUUGCCGUUCACGAGGAAUACCAACACUUGUUAGCGCCAAAGCGCCAGGAACAGUUGAAGAAAAAGAUAAAGCAAAGUUCCACCACCAUUUACUCUCAGCUGGCGGGCGUGGAGCUUCCGAAAAUUAAUGGUCCAAAAGGCAUGUCGCCGGAUGAAUGGCAAAGACAUAAGGAUUGGUUGGAAUUGCGUGAUUACCAAGUUCUUUCUUCGUUAUCUUUUUCAGAUUUGAAAAAGAUUCCUUUCGUCAAACCAGCCGCCCUGAAGGCAACCGCAUCGGAGCGUACAAUCAAGCUUGCCGAACCCAUCGAACGACGACGGCGAGCGAAAGGAAAACAAGUGGAGGAAACA